AUGAAGAAAGUUAAGCGACAGCUGUAUCAUUUGCAAGUACCAUAGUAGACAGUUCUAGUUUUUUUUUAGACUCGACGUACGACUUAAUUGGCGGGGUUGUGGCCUAUAUAUAGAAUACUUAGAUUUAAUAAAAAAUAUUAUUCAGUUUUGAGUGAUCGGCGAAACGACAGCAAAAUGAAGUCUGUGGUACUUAUAACCAGCACCCUCAUCAUGGCGGUAGUUUGUGAAAAACUCACCGAAAAAUCCGACGUCAUCGAAGGCAAAGUCGACAAGAAAGGUGUCAAACGUGGACUCUACGGAUUAGGCUACGGUUACGAGGGAGGUUUCGAAUACGGAACCUUAGGAGGCUACGGUCUCGGCAGCACUAUCGGCUCCCAUUAUCCCACCUACUUACACAACAGCUAUCCUCACUAUCCCUCAGCUUAUUCUUACCCAUCGGCUUACUCUUACCCAACAGCUGUUCACACCACCAUUACAAAACACGUCCCAGUAGCAGUUCCUCAUCCUGUCCCAGUGACUGUUGAAAAACACGUACCUUACCCAGUAGCUGCCCCAUACCCAGUCGAGGUUCCAAGACCGUACCCCGUAGAAGUACCUAAACCAGUGCCAGUGGCCAUUGAAAAACCGUACCCAGUUCCAGUAGAUAGACCUUAUCCAGUAGCUGUACCUCAUCCUGUGCCUGUACCUGUGUACAAACAUGUAGGAGUACCUUACGCAGUCCCUGUAGCUAAACCAGUCGCUGUGCCGAUCUUUGGUAAACAAAUCUACGCUCAUGAUUGGUGAACCAUGCGUACAUCUGUGUAACAAAUAGUCAACUUGAAAGGAAUAGUCGACAACGAUGUGUGUGUUUUCAAACGUUCCACUAUCUAUGAUAAUAAUUUAUGGUGCCAUCGCGUCUAUUUUAUACAUUUUUCUCAUUCGUGUCAUGUAAUUUAUAAUUCGUUACCUAUUUCGAAUAAUUCAUUUUUUUCAUCAUGUAUUUUGUAUUUAAUUUUUUUUUCUCUUUUUCUACGUAAGAAAUUCUCUUUUUUAAUAAAAUAUUUAUAAGAAAA